AUGUACGGCAUCCUGCUGGCCAUUGGCGACUCCAUCACGCAGUUUGGAAGCGAUCCCAGCAACAGCGGUUUCCUGGCCCAGCUGUCGCGUGACUUUGAGCGCCGUCUUGAUGUGCUGAACCGCGGCUUCUCAGGCUACAACACCAACAACAUUCUCGAGCUCUACUCGUCACUGCUGCCCACAUUCCCGACACAUUCGCCUGCAGUGCAACUCGUGAUGCUGUUCUUUGGCUCAAAUGAUGCUGCAUUGCCGCUGUCCGGCCAGCAUGUGCCGCUGCAGACAUACACCGAAAAUCUGCGGACAAUGGUGAGCCAGAUCCAGGACCCGCAGUCCGACACCUACUCACCAGGUACGCGGAUACUGCUGAUCACUCCGCCGCCCAUUGGUGACAAGAUGUGGGAGGAGACAUGCACACGGCGCAAUCUGCCCGUUGACCGCAUUAACGCCGUGACCAGGACCUAUGCUGACGCAGUGAAGAUGGUCGCGAAGGAGAAGGGCAUUCCUGUCGUGGAUCUAUAUGGCGCCAUUGAGAGCUUGGUGGGUGCGAGCAAGCUGAAGAACCCCCCGUAUGACGGCUACGAGAUGUACCUGGCCGACGGACUGCAUCUGAACCGAAACGGAAACAAACUCUUGGCACGCCUUAUUUUGACAACUGUCAUAUCUGAGUGGCCCGAGAUGAGGCCAAUGGUGUAA